ACAUAAUUGUUUCCCUCUUUCACAACAACAGGCGACGGAAGUUAAGUGUUGCCACACCAACGUAAUUACUUUCGAUGUGGCACCACUGUUUUCACUUGGGCCAUUAAAAAAAAUGAAAAAUCGGUAACAAGUAGAUUUCGCACAUUGUUUUAAUAAAAAAGUGUCAAUUAUAAGCGUUGCCAAACGAAAAUUACACGCACGUCAGUAUCAGCAUGUAGAAGCAAGGCAAUAUUUAUUGGCACAUACUCGUACACACAUCCGCACUUUCGUUUGGUUUUUCUAGGGUGCGGAAGGACAACAGCUUCACAAUUAUCCGUUCAUCCGCUCGUUCGCUUCAGACACGCAAAACGGAGCGUGAAAAUGAAAUAAAAAAUGUCACGGCUGCUGUUUAUUCUCAAAAAAUGAAGCGCUUGAAUAAUCUGAUAACACUCUUUACUGCAAUGGUGGCUUUUUUCUUUGGCUGCUUCUUAAGUGGCAUGCUAAAUAGCGCAGAAAAGUGUUUGACGCAUAAGAGCGGUGUCAGUCGUAUGGAGCCACAUCCAGAUAUUUUCUUGAUGAUAUUGGUGGUUACAGCUCCAAAGAAUGUUAAUCGGCGACACAAGCUGCGUCAAACUUGGUUGAGGCUUGGGCAACCGCUCGAAAUGCCUUACUACCCGGAAAGCUUGAUAUAUGUGCCCAAGUAUGCUGAAAGUGGUCAUUUAAUUAUGGAAAGCGUGACGGACCAAUCGAAUCGUUUGGCAGCUUACCUUCAUUGGAUCGAUAACAACAUGAAUCAUGAAGAAUUAUCGCGGAGACUUAUAAAAGUGAAACAUUUUUUUGCCGUUGGCACGGAAGGCAUGCCUGCCGGCUUACGUGCAGAGUUGGAUAGGGAGCAAAAACUUUAUGGAGACAUGUUGCUUUUACCGCGUUUGCAAGACAACUUUGAAAAUUUAACCGAAAAGAUGUUACAUUCUAUAGAAGCACUUACAAAUCACUACGAAUUCAGCUAUCUACUUAAAACGGAUGAUGACACGUACGUGAAGUUGAACAUUUUGCUGAAUGAACUCGUGUCUUAUGACCGUAAAUUGGUGCGAAAAACCACGAAGUAUAAUGGCCAACCAUUACCAGCUCUCUACUGGGGUUAUUUUCAAGGAAGGUCGAAUGUGAAAACAAAAGGAAAGUGGCGGGAUAUAAACUACCGUCUAUCUACCCAUUAUAUAACGUAUGCCAUGGGAGGUGGAUAUGUGAUUUCACGUAAAAUCUGUGAACAUAUUGCAACAAAUGCACAAAUACUUUCGCCUUAUACAAAUGAAGAUGUAUCAGUUGGUUUAUGGGUGGCCCCGUUACGCUUUGUCUAUCGUCGUCAUGAUCCACGUUUUGAUACACAGUAUAAACCGCGGAAGUGCCGUCGAUAUCACAUAGUACUGCACAAGCUAAACGAGGAGGAAAUGCAGCAGAUAGAUGACGGCAGUGUAUGUAUAAGAGGUGGAAAGGCAAUUGAUGACAAAGACCAAAGCAAUAUCAUUAAGCCUUAUUUCUAUGAUUGGUUGAGCCCGGCUGAUAAAUGCUGUGAUACAAUCGUAAAGUAGGCAGUAAUAAUCUUAAACAUGCAAAAAACCAAUCCGAGCAGAGGCUUUACUAUUUCUGCAUACAUACAUAUCCAACAAUUAUUUUUGUAAAUGUUGGUAAAAGUAACUUAAAGUAAGCUUGCUAUAUUAAGUGUUAAAUAAGUGCUAUAGUGUUAAGUUGAUUUUAAGUAAAAUGAACCUUUUACAUACAAUUGUUUAGAGCUAAUUUUUAAAAAUCACUUAAUUUUAAAA